UACAGUCAUAGACUCCCAAAAUUGGCCACAAGCUCAAUUCCCCAUAAUUCCUUCUUCCGAUUCUCGAAUUGAAUCGAGAAUUAGCAGAAUGCAAUCGAAAGUCCAAAUGUCGGCGGGCAGAGGCGUUGUUCUCUCCCUCAUUCUCGUCGUCGUCCUCACCGGCGCCGUUGCGGUCCCCACGGCCUACGAAGUAAUCCAAGGCUACGGUUUUCCUAUCGGUAUCCUCCCAAAAGGGGUAACACACUAUGAUCUGGACGAGUCCAGCGGCAAAUUCAACGCCUAUAUGAACGGUUCCUGCAGUUUCUCUUUGGAAGGCUCGUAUCAGCUCAAGUACAGCUCUGUAAUCAGCGGCUACAUAUAUAAAGAUAAGCUCACUAAUUUAUCUGGUGUCAAAGUCAAAGUGCUGUUUGUGUGGUUGAAUAUUGUGGAGGUCAGGAGAAACGCCGACAAGCUCGAAUUCUCUGUUGGAAUUGCAUCUGCUGAUUUUGGGAUCGAAAAUUUCUUUAUCUGCCCGCAAUGUGGCUGUGGAUUGGAUUGCAAUGGUUUGGACGGGGAUACGGAUAAUCUUAGGGCUGAUCCUCUAGUUUCUUCGAUUUAAACCGAGGUUUUUAUUGGAAAAAUAUCCUCAUGAUUCGACUUUGAUGGGCAAGGAAUGGUGUUUUCACAUCAAUUCCCCGUCAUGUUUCAGUCUCGUAUUUCAUUUUGUUGAUUCAUAGCACUUGUUAAUUGAUGGCUUAUGCAUUUAGAAAGUGAAAUACGACAUUGGAGCAUGUAAAUGGGAUCAAAAGUCCAAAUUGUUGCCUCUCCAGACACUUUUUAAUGAAAUGGUGUUUGGAUCUGGUCCAGUCAAAAAAUUGAUUUUCUAUUUCCCCCUCUUCAUUCUAUUGCCGAAUCAUACAAACUUUCUCAUAGGAGUAGUAAAUAUUAUUUUUAUCAUCAUCAUACUAUUAUUUGCAUGUACGAACAAUUGUAAUAUUUUGUAUUUGUUUUUUUUCCUCUUUA